UCAUGGUAAAAUCUUCCCUUACCAGCACUGAUGCGGCCUAAGGUGAAGAUGCAGGAGCAGGACCCAGGAAGUCUUCAGGCAGGAGUUGAGGGAACAGGAAAGGUCCCUCACACGGUCCAGUCUGGGACUGGUGGAGCCUCCCUGAGACGGUUGGCACUACAGCCAGUAAAGCAGCAGCUGCAGGAGGAGCUGGUCCAAUGCCAGAAGGUCCAGGGACAGGAGGUGAAGCAGGCCAUGCAGCCCCCGUCUGAGGCUGAGCUGCCUUCAGAGACCACACAGCUGGACCCAGGGGAUGACUUCCCCACUCCAGAGACUUGGUGCCAACGCUUCAGGAGCUUCCACUACCAGGAAGCUGAGGGGGCACAGGAAAUUUGCAGCCACCUGCAGGAGCUCUGCCAGCACUGCCUUGAGCCACAGCAUCGUAGCAAGGAGCAGAUCCUGGUGGUGCUGGAGCAAAUCCUGGCCAUCCUGCCCCAGGAGAUGCAGAGCUUGCAAUGGGAAAGUGGUGCGGAGACCUGUGCUGAAGAGUUUCAGCUGGAGCAGGCAGAGGACAACAAGCUCCAGGUCACAGUGAAUGUGAAGGUCGAGGAGGUGUCCUCGGACGAAAUGCAGCCCACUGGGGCAUUGCAGGGACCUGUAGAUUCGUGGCUGGAGCAGCCAAAGGCCCAUCCUGUGAACAGACCUCUGGAGGAAGAAGGAGAAAGGGAAAUGCCAGGACAUCAGAACAAGCCAUGUUGUGUCCCCAAAGAUGAGCCCCUUCCCCACCAGGAGUCAGAUUCCCCUAGAACAGAGGAGACCUGGGAGUUGUCAGCAGACAGAAGCUUCUCAGGUUGGUGCCCCAGACGAGGCCCUUCCCCAGGAGCGGGUGCAGGGACCCCGAGCAGAACUGAUCAGCAGCCUCCUGAGGAGGGGCCCAUAAACCUGGAACUGCAGCAGACUUCACCAGGGAGAUGGGGAGAGAGGGGCUCCCUGCCACCUGAGUCAGGCCAGCUACAGAAGGGGCAGUGGCAGCCUCCAAAGCAGAGGAAGAGCUUGGAGCUGCGGGAGGUCUUUGAGGACGUGGCAGUGUAUUUCACGCGGAAGGAGUGGGAGCUGCUGGAAGAUGAAGACAAGGGGCUUUACCGGGACCAGAUGCUGAGGAAUUACCAAGCCCUCAUUUCCCUGGGAUAUCGAGGUCCCACACCUGACUUAAUCUACCGCAUCCAGCGAGGACAGGUGGAGCUCUGGGUCUAUGAUGAUGAGGAGAGUGAGGAUAUCUCAAGGUUGGAGUACAUGCUGCCAGGAGGUGCCUGGCUGCUGAGCAGAGUUCAGGAGCAGCCUUCUGAGGAAGGGCCUGCAAGCCUAGUGCCACAGUGGAUUUCCCCAGGGAAUUUGGGUGAGAUGGACUCCUUGAGAUCUAAGAACCAAUGGCACAAGAGUCAGAGGAGGCCCCAAAAGCAGAAGGAGAAUGUAGCAGUGAACCGGGUACUAGCUCCAGUUUGGCGUGAGAGUGGAGAAGAGACAGAACCCAGAAAGAACCCUGGGUGGAGGGAAGAAUUUGUGGAGCUGAGAGACUUGAAGAGCCACAAGGCAAAGUUCCACUGCAGAGAGACCCUGCAUCCAAACCAAACCAGUGGAGUCAGCCUCAGAGGGAAGCAGGAGCUCACUGCCAAGCACAGGAAGAGAGCCCACCCCUGCCCUGGGUGCAGGAAAACCUCUAACUGCUCCUCACUCCUGGCUUUGCACAAGAUAGGGCACAUUAGGGAGAAGCCCCACAUAUGUGCCAUAUGCGGGAAGAGCUUCACCUGCCUCUUGACCCUGGCUGCUCACUGCAAGAGCCAUUCAGGAGAGCUCCCCUACCGCUGCACCAAAUGUGAGCAUAGCUUUGUGUGCAGCUUGGACCUGGCCAAGCACCAACAUGUGCACAGGGAGAAGCAUCAGUACCGCUGUGUCACAUGUAGUAAGACCUUCACCUAUUUCUCCUCCCUGGCUCAGCACCGGCGCAUCCACUUGGGGAGGAAGACACACCACUGCACCAAGUGCAGGAAGAACUUAAUUUGCUGGCAGGAUCUAUCCCAGCAUCGGUGUGUGAAGAAGGCAGACAAGCCACACCACUACACCAAGUGUGGGAAGAGCUUCAGGCAGCCCUCUAAUAUGGCCAGACACACGCUUAUGCAAACAGGGGAAAACAACCAGCUUACCUGCAUAGGGGAAAAGCCACAUCAGUGCUCUGUGUGUGGGAAGAGCUUCACCCAGCCCUCCCACCUGGCCAAACACCAGUGCAUCCACACAGGGGAGAAGCUACACCAGUUCCCUGAGCGUGGGAAGAGCUUCAGCUGCUCCACAAGCCUGGCCCAAUACCAGUGUAUCCAUACAGGAGAAAAGCCAUAUCUUUGUUCUGAUUGCGGGAAGAGCUUUACCCACCCUUCCCACCUAGCCAAGCACCAGCUUAUCCACACGGGAGAGAAGCCACAUCAGUGCUCUGUGUGUGGAAAGAGCUUCACUCAGUCCCCACACCUGACCCAGCAUCAGCGCAUCCACACAGGGGAGAAGCCACAUCAGUGCUCUGUGUGUGGAAAGAGCUUCACUCAGUCCCCACACCUGACCCAGCAUCAGCGCAUCCACACAGGGGAGAAGCCACAUCAGUGCUCUGUGUGUGGAAAGAGCUUCACUCAGUCCCCACACCUGACCCAGCAUCAGCGCAUCCACACAGGGGAGAAGCCACAUCAGUGCUCUGUGUGUGGAAAGAGCUUCACUCAGUCCCCACACCUGACCCAGCAUCAGCGCAUCCACACAGGGGAGAAGCCACAUCAGUGCUCUGUGUGUGGAAAGAGCUUCACUCAGUCCCCACACCUGACCCAGCAUCAGCGCAUCCACACAGGGGAGAAGCCACAUCAGUGCCCUGUGUGUGGGAAGAGCUUUGGUCAGUCCUCCACCCUAGCCCAGCACCAACGUAUUCACACAGGGGAGAAGCCACAUCUUUGCUCUGUGUGUGGGAAGAGCUUCAGCCGCUCCUCCACCCUGGCUCGGCAUCAGCUUAUCCACACAGGGGAGAAGCCCCAUCAUUGCUCUGCAUGUGGGAAGAGCUUCACCCAAUCUUCCCACUUGGCCCAACACCAGCGCAUCCACACAGGGGAGAAGCCACAUCAAUGUUCUGUGUGUGGAAAGGGCUUCAUCCAUUCCUCCAGGCUGGCCGAGCACCAACACAUUCACACAGGUGAGAAGCCACAUCAGUGCUCUGUAUGUGGGAAGUGCUUCACCCAAUCCUCCAGCCUAGCCAAACACCAGCACCUCCACACAGGGGAAAAGCCACACCAGUGCCCUGAGUGUGGGAAGAGCUUCAGCUGCUCCUCCACCCUUGCCCAGCACCAACUUAUCCACACAGGGGAGAAGCCACAUCAGUGCCCUGUGUGUGGGAAGAGCUUCAGCCGCUCCUCCACCCUGGUCCGGCACCAGCGUAUCCACACAGGGGAGAAGCCACAUCAGUGCUUUGUGUGUGGGAAGAGCUUCACUCAGUCCUCCAUCCUGGUCCAGCACCAGCGCAUCCACACAGGGGAGAAGCCGCACCAGUGCUCUGAAUGUGGGAAGAGCUUUACCCACUCCUCCAGCCUGGCCCAGCACCACCGCAUCCAUACAGGGGAGAAACCACAUCAGUGCUCUGUGUGUGGGAAGAGCUUCACCCAAUCCUCCAACCUGGCGAAACACCAGCGCAUCCACACAGGGGAGAAGCCACAUCAGUGCUCUGUGUGUGGGAAGAGCUUCACCCAAUCCUCCAACCUGGCGAAACACCAGCGCAUCCACACAGGGGAGAAGUCACACCAGUGCUCUGAGUGUGGGAAGAGCUUCAGCUGCUCCUCUACCCUUGCCCAGCAUCAGUGCAUCCACACAGGGGAGAAGCCACAUCAGUGCUCUGAGUGUCAGAAGAGCUUCACCCACUCCUCCAGCCUGACCUAUCAUCAGCUCAUGCACACACGGAAGAAGCCACAUCAGUGCUCGUAGUGUGGGAAGAGCUUCACUCAAUCUUC